AUGGUGACAACUGACAUUGCUGUGGCCAACUUUAAUGUCAUGAAAGUGAAAUACUCCUUUCACACUUCACUGAGGGGAUGUAGACUCCCAAAAACAGAGAAGAUCCCUGUAAUGCGUGGACAGUGGUUUAUUGAUGGUACAUGGCAACCUCUGGAAGAGGAGGAGAGUAACUUGAUAGAACAGGAGCACCUCAACCGCUUCAGAGGCCAGCAGCUGCAAGAGAGCUUUGAUAUGGAAGUAUCAAAACCUGUUGAUGGGAAGGAGGCCAUUCAUAGUCUAAAGUUGAGUCGCAACCAUGUGGACUGGCACAGUGUGGAUGAAGUGUAUCUUUACAGUGAUGCAACAACAUCUAAAAUUGCAAGAACUGUUACACAAAAGUUGGGGUUUUCCAAAGCUUCAAGUAGUGGGACAAGGCUACAUAGAGGCUAUGUAGAAGAAGCUACGUUAGAAGACAAGCCACCACAGACUAGUCACAUUGUGUUUGUUGUGCAUGGUAUUGGGCAGAAAAUGGACCAAGGAAGGAUCAUCAAAAAUACAGCUAUGAUGCGAGAUACAGCAAGAAAAAUAGAAGAGAAGUAUUUUUCCAACCUUGCAACACAUGUUGAAUUCCUCCCAGUUGAAUGGAGGUCAAAACUCACCCUGGAUGGAGACACUGUGGACUCCAUCACCCCAGACAAAGUGCGAGGUUUAAGGGACAUGCUGAACAGCAGUGCUAUGGAUAUCAUGUAUUAUACAAGUCCUCUUUACAGAGAUGAACUGGUGAAGGGGCUGCAGCAGGAGCUGAACCGACUGUACACGCUGUUCUGCUCCCGGAAUCCAGAGUUUGAGGAAAAAGGAGGGAAGGUCUCAAUUGUGUCCCACUCCCUGGGCUGCGUCAUCACCUACGACAUCAUGACUGGCUGGAACCCAGUCAGGCUUUACGAGCAGUUGUUACAGAAGGAGGAGGAGGAGGAGCUUGAAGACCGUUGGAUGAGCUAUGAGGAGCAACAUUUGCUUGAAGAACUUUACAUAACUAAGCAACGGUUGAGAGAGAUAGAAGAGAGGUUACAUGGGUUAAAGGCAUCCACCAUAUCAAAACCACCUGUCUUAAAAUUUAAGGUUGAGAAUUUCUUCUGUAUGGGAUCUCCACUAGCAGUGUUCUUGGCACUGCGUGGCAUCCGGCCAGGAAACAGUGGCAGUCAAGAUCACAUUCUGCCCAGAACCAUUUGUAACCGCUUACUAAAUAUUUUCCAUCCAACAGAUCCAGUGGCCUAUAGAUUAGAGCCUCUCAUUCUGAAACACUACAGCAACAUUUCACCUGUCCAGAUCCACUGGUAUAACACUGCAAACCCUCUACCUUAUGAGCAUAUGAAGCCAAGUUUUCUCAACCCAACAAAAGAACCUACCUCAGUUACUGACAGUGAAAGUGCUUCAGCUGUACCCAGCCCAACUACUUCACCAGUCAUGGUUCGACGCCACUACGGGGAGUCCAUAACAAACAUAGGCAAAGCAAGUAUAUUAGGAGCUGCAAGUAUUGGGAAGGGCCUGGGCGGGAUGCUGUUUUCAAGGUUUGGUCGGUCCAGCACAACCACCCCCCAGACGCUGGAGACGGGAAAAGACGGAGGCGAAGGAGAUGAGAAGAAGGCCACCCCCGUGGGGACACCACCUCUCCCACACAGUGGCUCAGGCUUUCUGGAACCCAUCGUGGAACUGGAGCACAGGAUUGAUUUUGAGCUCAGGGAAGGUCUCGUGGAGAGCAGAUACUGGUCUGCAGUCACAUCACACACUGCCUAUUGGUCAUCACUGGAUAUUGCUCUUUUCCUUCUAACCUUCAUGUACAAACAGGACCAAGAAGAUAGUGACAAAUCCAAUUUAGACACUAUGUGA